AAACGACUGUCGCGCGCAAAGCGACGAAUCAGCUGUCUUUUAGCUGGACGAGAUCGGCCAAUCGGCAGCCGAUCGACGAUGAUAGCAACAGAUCCAGUGCGAUUUAAACUUUAAUCCUCUUUCUUUUUCGGGCUAGCCGGCGUGUGCGCGUCUUUUGAUAAAUACACAGGUGCACCGCGUGCAUUGGGUAACAUACCAGUGAUAAGACAAGAAAGUGGUCUCAUGGGAAAAUGGAAGAUCCGCCCGCGAGAGACAUCCACGAGCUGGGGGAAAACGACGACGAAGCGGAAAGGCUGGCCCGGAGGGAGCGGAAUUCCUCGUCGAAGAUCACCUGGAGUGCCGAAUCUUCGCUCAAUUUCUCCAAGUUGCCGAACUUGUCGAGCCAUGAACUACACAAUCAAAUCAUCCAGUGCCUCAAGCUUAGCGCUGAGAACAAGAUCAGCGAGAAAAACGCUUUCCAGCUAAACAUGAUAGACUUCCUGAGCUAUUCACUGAUCAAGCAGGAUGACGAGCUGACCAAUUUACAAAUGGCCAGUGCUUGCCUAGAUGCCAGUGGUAAGAUAUAUGGCUACAGAGUUGACAAGGUGCACUCGGACUUGCUGAAAGUCGUGGGUUAUGGAGGCAGGGGAGAGAAGCGUAGACACGAUGAUAACAAUAACGAUGAAAAUGAAAAUAACCAGCGCCAGAGGAAGAGGAGGAGAAAAAAUUAUCACAUUUUUUCCUCAGUCGAAUUGUUGAAAGGUAAUUUAGAUACUUAUAAUCCGCUGAGUCUGAUGAACUUCCAAAGUGAUGUACAGACUUCUGACAUGCUCUUUCAAGCUAGUCUUCCACAGCAUGCUGACCAAGAUCAUUUGUGUCCAUCUUAUGCAGAUUUUAAAUUCCUUGGGUGGUUACCCGAUGAUGAACUGGAAGUUGAUCAAGAGUCAUCAAACCCCAUGGAUGAAGAUGAGAAUGGUGAAUUUCAUUUCAAUCUUGAUGAUCCAAUCUCUGAUGACGAUGGAAAUAAUAAUGUCAUGGACUGCCGGGAUUUAGCUGAAAGCGCUGAUAGAUUAGCACAAACUGUCCAAGAUGGUGAAAACAUAGUCGACUUCCAAGAUAUCAUUGCAAACAAUCCAAAUUCAAAUGUCAACUAUGAAUAUUCUUACAUGGAACUCAAUCAUAAAAUUGAUUGGGCUGGACCAUCGCAUUGGAAAGUGAAGUUCAACAAAAAUGCCAAUGGAGUAUGUAAACAUGCAGUCAAAAAAAGGAAAAAGGAAAUUUCUUUGUCAUAUUCUAGAAAGUUAAAAGAAGAAGCAUGUACAAGGAAAUACAUUACAAGAAACAGAUCUGUAAUGAAUACUUCAAAAUGGUCAGAAGAAAAAAAUGAAAAUCCAUUAAAUGAAACAGAUCAUGAUAGCAAACGUUUUUACGAUUAUUUCCUCAAAUCAGGAGAACCAAAAAAAUCAUUAGAAACUGGUUUAACAGAUGAACAAAAUGAUGAUGCAAUAAGGGCUCAAGAAAAUUUUGAUCUCAGUAAGAGUCUAGAUUUAUCUAAAUUGUAUGAUGAUGACAUUGACUUUGAUGCAGAUGACAAUGGAGAACAUGAUCAUACUCAGCAUCUUCAAGACAAUAAUGAUGUAUUAAUACCAGCUAGUCAAGAAGCCUUUAUGGGUAAUAAUCUAGUCACCUUACCAUCAUUGAUUCCGAAAGUCUUUAUACCUUACUCCCAAAAAGCAAAAAAGAUAGACAUGCAUAAAAUUAACAAAGCUACUGAAGAAAUUUUGCAAAAAAUAGAAGACGAAAAUGAAAAUAGUAAGCCUACAGAAUUUAGUGAAGUAUAUUUGCAAUUACCUAAAGUUUUGUCUAAAUCAAAUGUUGCAUCGUUAAGUGCUGGUCUGUCAUUUGUAUCUCUGCUGCAUGUAGGUCACAAGAAAAAUUUAGAAUUAAGCAGUCAAAAUAAUUUAUGUGAUCUUAUAAUUAACAAUCACAAAAAAGACAGAUAAACCAUGUGCAAUUUAAUUAAGCUUCAAUACCAAAGUCAAGCUACUUUGGUAAAAUAAUAGUAGUGUUAAUUUUAGUUUUAUCAAAUACUUUGUGUAAUUUUUAUCAAAUCUCUCUAAUUAAGCUAUGAAAAUUAUCUUCUCUAUGGAUUAAUGCAUGAUUUACAAAUUAUAAAGAUCAAUUAUGGUAUACUAGUAUGAAUAUAGACAAGGGAAUUGAUAAAAAUUAGAUAGUAUUUAACAUGUGCAAUCAUAAUACCUUUAUUAAUUAUUAGAGUUAUUAAGCAAAUUCAUUACUAAAAAUCGAUGUGAUGAAGUAAGAAAUUUACACUGAUGUACAUAUAGUGAACUGUUUGUCAGAUUUAUUUAUAUUUUUUAUUUACUUCUAUUUUGUGAUUUUUGAUUUAUAAAAUAUUUUUUGGAUAUAGUAUGUACACAUGAAGAGAGGUGAUACAUUUUUUUACAUAAGUACUUUAUUUUUUGAGAAAAAACCAGCAGUUGUUUAUGCAGGCUUCACAAGGAUGUAUAUGUGAAUUUUGUCACUUAUUUAUACAUCAGGCUGUACAAAGCUAUUUUGGUAGCAGUUAAAAAAUUAUAGAAAAAGAAAUGAAAAUGUAUAAAAAAAUAUAUUUUACACUAUAUUUGUUAUAAAAUUUUGUAAUGCAGAAUUUAAGAUCGUUAUUGUUAUACAUAAAAAAAAUGUAUGCACAUAAAAUUGUAUGCAUAAUAUGCAUGUAAAUAUUAAUUAAAAAUUAUAAGCACGAAUGCACAAACGCAAUAAACAUAAAUCCAAACAAUGAAAUGAAAAUAAAAGUAAUUGUUGAUUUAUAUAAAA